UCAGAGCAGAUCAGCUGAAGAUGGAGCUGCAGCAGCUGCUGCAGCUGCUGCUGCUGCUGCUCUGUGUUUCUGCUGAAGUUCAACAUGACAGUUUCCGGGUUAUUGGAUGUUCAGACACGGACGGAUUGGACAUGAUGACGCUGGAUGGGGAAGAGGUUUGGCACGCCGACUUCAUCCAUGAGACAGGAGUUGAUACCCUGCCGGACUUUGUCAGCCAUCCAAGUUUCUCAGGGCUUUAUGAACAAUCUGUGGGGCAACAACAACUCUGCAAAAAUAACCUGAAGAUUAUCCGUACUGGUCUGAAGGACAUCCCUGAUCCACUUGAUCCUCCAACCAGCCUGCUCUACACCGCUAACAUUGUGGAGCUGGGAGAGAAGAACAUCCUGGUCUGUCACGUCUCUGGUUUCUAUCCGGCUCCGGUCAACGUGUCCUGGACCAGAAACGGUCAGAAAGUGACUGAAGGAACCAGCAUCAACUUUCCCUUUCCCAACCAAGACAACACCUUCACCCAGAUCUCCAGGCUGCAGUUCGUCCCUCAGCUGGGAGACAUCUACAGCUGCUCAGUGGAGCAUCUGGCUCUGGAAGAACCACUGACCAGAAUCUGGGAUGUUGAAGUGCGCGUGCCUCAGCCCGGUACUGGACCCGCGGUGUUCUGUGGAGUCGGUCUGAUCGUGGGUCUGCUUGGGGUGGCGGUUGGGACCUUCUUCCUCAUUAGGGGGAGAGAGAGCUGAUUGGUCAAGGCUGAUGGGUUUAUGGACCUCUCUCUCCUGCUGUACUGACAACAUUGUUUGGAUCAUAACACUGAACGUGUUACCCUACCCUAACCCUAACCCCUAACCCUAACCCCCAUAACCCUAACCCUAACCCUAUCCCUUUCUCAUUGUGGAUUCAUCAGGAACUUUGACAAGCCCAAUCAAUAUUAAUUCUCCUGGACUCAUAAAGUGGCCCUAUGGUACUGAUCUUUACUAGAAAUAUGAUCAGAAGCUCAUAUUCCUCUGGAACGUUUUGUAAUUUCACACUCAUGUUUUCCUAAAGACGGUGAAUUUCUGCUCCUCAGUUUGU